AUGGCGGAUACGGCGAACACAUCGAACGAAGAGGUCACUGAAAGUAAUCUUCAUCUUAGCGAUGAUCUGGACGAAAGAGCGUUAAUUUCCCUCGAAGAAACAUUACAAAGAAUCGAGGAAAGUUACCUGGAAAAUCCGAUUCAUUAUACUCUUUUCUCUGGGGGUGCACAAGGCAGUGAUUUGUACUGGCAAAAUAUGGGUGCCAAAUAUGGCGUCCGCGUGAAGGCAUUUUCCUUCGAGGGUCAUGGCCAACGGAAUAGUGCUCGAGUCGUUUUAACGGAUUUUCAGUUAAAACAAGCCGAUGAACACUUGCACAAAGCUAACAAAACUUUAAAGAGACAUUUUCCGACUAGUAAAAGUUUCGUAGAUAAUUUGCUUCGCCGAAACUGGUAUCAAGUGAAAGACGCUAAUGGCGUAUUCGCCGUUGGUAAACUCUGUGCAAGCGGGAAAAUAGUUGAAGGUGGGACAGGAUGGGCUGUGCAAAUGGCCAUAGACGCUGGAAAGCCUGUUUAUGUAUUUGACUUAGGGGUUGGUUCCUGGAAAAGAUAUGAUUAUGACAAACAGAAGUUUCUAUCAUGUAAGGUGCCAAGGUUGACUUUGAAUUUUACCGGCAUUGGAUCAAGGAUUUUACCAGUGGAAGGUAAAACUGCCAUUGAAGGAGUUUUAAAGAAACUUUUGGAACAUUACCUAGAUCAACCAAUGGCACAUGAAGUACUUAAUAUACGUUGUUUAAUGUCAUGAGAUAAAAGUAGACCUGCUCCAUGAUCCGAUUUAUUAUGGUUGUCUACCAUUGUGCACAAAUAAGCUUCGUUGUUUUUUUGGAUAUGCUGAAAAGUGCCGAGCUUAGGCAAUUAUCAAAUAAUAAGGACAAAGUGGCUGUCCACUAAGGUUUGCCUAUCAAUUUGGCCAUAGCGUUUCGCUAACAAACCCAUCCAUUAAGUGAUUUCGUUUGGUUGUCCAACUACCAUUCAAACAAAAAAAAGAGUUCUUUAUUCUUGUCUGUUGUGUUCAAUCAUUGUUUGUUUAACACAAGAUUAUGACUAAAAUUUCAAGCUGAUAUAUUGAAUUAUAUACUGACGCUUAUAUCGUUACACAAUUAUCAAAUGAAACAGUUUGUUUGGGUUUGAACUUCAGAACUCGUCAGCACUCGACUCUCAGAAAAAAAAAAGAGGAAAAAACAAAAUUCUGAGGUUAACUUGUGGAGAGUGUAAUUUUUCAAAAAACAGUAAUCGAAUCAACAUUCGAUUAUGGAAUCGAGGCUAAAUAUGACUAUUGGAUUAUCCAUUUUAUGAAUGGAUUAUUGAAUCAACAAACGAAAUCAUUUUUCCGUGAAUGAAUUUAUUAGUUAGUUAGCGACGGGAACGCUUGACCUGGUUUGACUGUAACUACUUCUACAUCUUGGGCUACAUCUAGCCCAAGAUAAGACAGGUAUUACGAACACAGAGGCCCAAAGAGAAAAUGGGAUCUGUACCUGGGAUGGAUAGAACGUAAACCAAAUGAGGCAUGUGCUUUCUCUUUUCUUGUGCAUCACUUUCUUCUUAAUAUUGUAAUAAAUACCUGACCUUUUUUUCGGUAUGAGAUCUUAUUAUAAUGUCAAUUUAGUUGUGACUUUCAAUCACUGUUUCAUGUUUGAAAGGUGUGAUAAUUUUAGUUGACCACUUUCACAUGUGUUGUGUUUACAGUCCCCUCUCAAGGGUAUAAUAAAAUUUAUUGUAGUGUUGAUCUUGAUUUCACACUCAUUUAUAUCACAUACAACAUUUCUCAUAGAUUCAACUUAUUAGAGGUGGGAGCAUCAAUUUGCUUGGUAAUUUUUCAAAUAAGAACUGCAAAGUUUUGUAAGGAAAAUGAUAAUAACCUUUUUACCUAAAGAAUCAAUAAACGAAGCCUUGAAUUUCAAGAAUUGUUGAGUAAGCAUGUGAAUUUCCUUAAUUUGCAACCUUUUCCAUAAUUCCCUGCCAUAAACGGCCCUUUCAAUACUUAGUUGACGUGCUACAAAGUCAACUUUGUUCUUUUUCUCACUCUUUUCAUACGUACUACGCAACUACGAGUAGUAGAACCGUAGUUUCGAAAAUCCACCUCAUAAAACAAGCGCCUCUCAUGAAAUUAUCUGCACUCAGUUUUUUUUACCUCUAGCCUGUUCCAGGCUUUUAGAUCGUUUUAAAAGAGCGACGCGAUGUAAGAAUGACGUAAUACGAUUCGAAGAUUUUUCGCUCAACACAGUGUUGAAAGUUGGCUUCGCAAGUUUAAGGAGAUGUUACACGGGAAGAUUUACAACGAAAACUUUUAAGUGCGCGCGGAAAUCCGAUGGAAACAGACAUGUAGCCUGCGAACACAGACGCAUUUCCGGUCGUCGCUUCUCUCCCCCCCGAAAAAUAAAAAAACUAUCCUGUCUAAACGCCUGGGACAGGCUUGAUACCUUUCACCCACUGCUCACGAGGUGAAAUAUUUUAGAUGGUAUAUUAGUUGAUACGAUUUUAUAGCCAAAUCUGGCCUAAUCAAAAUGAUAUUUGACAUGACAAAACGUUGACUCUUUUUCUUUUCACACUUCUUGGCCUAGCACAAAAACUGAAAACUCGUGUUGCACUGGCGAUUUCAAGUAAUGGUUACCAUCUUUCUUUCUGGUUUAAUUUACGUUAAGUUCACUUGAAAAUCGACGUAUUAUUCAUCAGUUGAAUGCACAAAUUAAUUUCAAUGAAUGCUCAUGAUCUAUCAAGCUCCAGUGGUUUCGAUAGGUGUGAUUUCUCUUGACUAACGGUUUUCUAACACCUUUUUCAGCGCGUUGGUAAACGUGAAAAAUUACUCUGUUCCUUUUUUUUUCUUUUUGGAAAGAAAAAAAAGUCAAUGUUUUUAGACGUGUGCAUCAUUUUAGCUUAUAUGAAAGAUGUGAUCGCGAAGGAGAUAUUUCUAUUGCUAUUCAGAAAAUCCAGUUGUUCUCUACUUAUUACUCCGUUUUAUUAUUCUCAUUACACUUGGCAAUCGUCACAAAGUCUUUUUGUUAAACGAAAAUCACAAGUUUUCUGUUGAAAUACUUAAACCACGCGCAUCUUCCAAAAAAUUUCUCGACUACGACCAACCGCCUCGUUUGGGGGACAUCGUUUCAUGCGCGCUUCACACGCGGAAGGAGAUUUGAGAGCGAUCUCGGCCGAUUUCGACUAAACUCACAGGAAGCGAUGGUUUGCGCACAUUUCUGAAAGUUUUCGGUGUCGUUAUGCUGUCGCGCUUAAGUGUUGCAAGUUGAUCUCAUAUGUAUGCCUCUCUUACAACUGUUAUAUUUUGGCCGUUCAGUUCAUUUUUUCAAACUGUAAACGAUCAAGCAAAAAAAGGCAUUUCAGCAUCUCGCAACUCGACACAACAAAAAAACUUUUAUGAAAAUGUGUAGGUGAUAAAUUCAAAUAGUGUUCUUAAGUAGGAGAUGAAAUGUAUCAUUGUUCUUUAAAGCCAUUUUAAGCCAAUGAUGAGGUGAGACAAAUCAACCAGUAGGUGUGAUAGUAAGGAUCUAAACCAUAAUGCAAAGUUCUUUUUAAUUCCUUUCAAUUUGUAAACAAUAGCUUUAGAAACAACACGCGUCCUUCUAAACACAUAAAUAAGCGCGAUAUUAGUUCACUUUAUCAGUUUUCAUAACUGCUUGCAACUGUAAUCUCGAUAAGUUUAUUUCAUCAUUUUAACGUACAAGAUGAGCUCAGUGGAAUCUGUGAGAAGAAAGUUAACCUUCGACGAACCACUAACCGUCAGCCGAAAAAAAACUGAUCUCAACCGAUCGCGUCGUCGUCUGGAUUUCGGGGAAUCAGACCCUGUGGUGUUGCAAAACUGUCCAGGUAAGCGAGCAUUUUUAGACUUUGAAAACAGUUCAUUAAGUGAAAUGAAAGUGCUACUGGAGCAGCUAUAGAGUUCACAGGUACACCUUUAGAAUUCAGCUUAGUCUGAUUUGAUGUUACAGUCUAUUUUAGAUUAAAACUGGAAACCGGUCGUUUCGAUACACUGUAAAAUUGCUCAAAAAUUCCGUUCUUUUCAAGUAACAUUAGCGCGUGAACAAGAAAAACAUCUGUUUUGGGUAAAUAUUCUUCGUUCUUAAAAAGUCAAGGACGCGAAACUAUUUACCUUUGCAUCGAAACGACUUGUAUCAAAACGACUGGUAACCUUAAAAAUCAAAUUAUUCAACACGGUUAAUUUGGACGUCUCUAGAAGAGGUUUUUGAGGGUACAAGGACGGGUGGGCCCCAAAGUGUGGUUCAGUCAACUAAACUUUGGUCAUAAGUUUUAUCGGGGCUUGGACGCCUUGGUUCUACGUUUUAGUCAGUGCAGGUGAAAAGAACGAGAAUGUUUUACAAAAGUGGCCAUUGCUGUAAAGAUUAAGGCCCUCUUGGCACUGCUCAAAAUUUUGUUUGUUUUGCACAAAAAAGCCCUAAGUGACAGCCACAGUUUUAAAAGUUUUCAAGUUUUCUAAGUUUUUCACCUUUAGUACUUGUAAUAAACCCUACAUAACAACCAGGUCUAGCUUGAGUCUAGCAGUAAAUUUUGGCUAGUGCUUGCAGAUUGAUGGAUUGAGUCGUGCGUGCUUGCGUGUUCACAAAAAGAGCCCCACUACACACGAGAACACAAGUCUGUUACAUCGUAUUUCCUCAUUGCGAUGAUUUAUGUUUAAACUAUAGAGCGAGACCAAUAACGCUGUUAAUAACAUAAUUUAUUUUUCACUUUAGAUUUGCUCCCGAAUCGCACUGAUCCUAUCUCAGUGACUGGACCUUCGUCACCACCCUGGUCGAGGAAUGACAGGAUAACCCUUACUACUGAGCACAGAUGGCAACUGGAGGCUUUGUUCCGAAGGAAUAUGUUUCCAAACCGAGCAGAGAAAACUGCUCUUGCUGAGAGACUUGGCGUGCCUCCCGCGAAAGUCAUGGUAUGUCUAAGUCAAAUGUUUUAUAGUGACAUUUUCGCCCCAUAAAAAGAUCGCCGUAAAUUCGACCGAUUUCGGACCUCAAAUUCUAAGUAUGUUGUUGUAAAGAAGACCCAUUCGAUAUAAAGCACGAUAAAUUAAAUUAAAUACCCAUUUUAUGGACCUUAGUUCGAAUACUUGUGUGGAAGAUUAAAAAAUGGGGAGAUGGGGGUUGAUGAACUUAUUAGGGCGCGAAAACCACAGUCUUCAACUCAGAGCAACUUUUGUUCUUCCUUGUAGCUUAAAGUCACUUGAAAAUCCUUUUAAAAAUCAAGUGAAAGUCCUUGAAAAUAGAGUAGGUUGAAAAAGUCCUUGAAUUUCAAUGCUAACUUGUUUUGAAAAGGAAAACGCAAACACAAAGACCUCCUGAUGUGGAAGAAUAAAAAGACAUAGACUCAAGAUCUUUUUUUUGCUUUGAACAUGGUCCUUUUUGUUCCUUGAAUUUUUGUUCAAAAACGGAUGAACUUAUGGCUAAAGCGGUGAAAAAGGAAAUCUUGUUUCAAAAUUCAUCUUUACAGUUUUUGUAAAAUCACUAAAAAAAUCAUUCAAAUUUCAUCUCUGUAUCACUAUGAUUAAUACGGUUAAGUUAACUUAUUAAGAAAAUGCAAUGCUUGUCGAAGUGGGUGCCUUUUCUGAACUAUUAAAUCUGCUUACUAAAUGAUCACGUAAACGUGUUAGAAAUAUUUCUUUUGCAUGGCUUAAGUUCUUUUGUCUACUACCGCUAUUUUUACACGUGAACAUUCGAGUAACUUGUACGCAGAUAUCGUCCUUUUGGAAUGGAUAGAAAUAUCAGAUAAAUCAAUGGUUGAAUUCUAAAGCUUUAUUUCACUUGCUCUCAGUGCAGCAAUGAUUGACAUAUAUUUUUUUCUGCACUCUUUUAGACCUGGUUCAAUAAUCGCCGCCACAGAUGGAGAAAGGAGCUGAGAAAAAGUCUCCCUGGAUCUUCCGUUCCCGGAUACCGCUUUGCGCUACCAGGUUCCUCGUUGUUUCCAACCUCUUACCAGAGAUAUCUCAAUGGCAACGUUGGCUUUAGUCGCUCUACUGAGUUCCAAACCAACCGGUUUCCAUCCACGCCUUACCCUGUGGGAGUGCCACUGCCACCAGCAUCAACUCGGAUCUCCAGGCCUCCUCCACCUAAGCAGAUUCCAUGGCAACAACUUUAUCCGCGGUUCCCGGCAGCAGUAGUGCGCAAGGUUCCUCAGCAAGACCCAGUCACUCAUUACCAGUCCAGCGCAACCUGUUUGUACCCAAGUCGACACUCUAUUCCGCUCAAAAAUGCCGUUUCCAACCCGCCUGAAGUCCGCCAAGCAUCUGCACCAGAAACCAAGUCCCUCGCCGACGAUUUUCCUUUUCUGCACUCUGUUGCAAAGGACCUUCCACACAUUUUUGGCAACUUGGACGAAGAAAAGGGCCGGAAGCGUCCGCUGACUCCCUCGCUUGAACCAUUAACUGAGAUGGAAUCAAUAUGUGACUCCAUUUCACUGGCUUCAGAUCAGACCCACGAAACCUCAAGUCAGUCCAGUGUAACCAGCGAAGAGCCGGCCAACGGCGAAUACGUUCAGUCCCGCACACAUAAUUCCUGUUGCUUUGAAAACGACAGAGACUUUUCACGCGGAUUUGUUUCCAACGGAAGGACAUUUAGGUUUUUUAGGCAAGAUUAA